CAACGUGCAACCCGCCAAAAUGAAAUCGGGGAUAAACCUGUCAAGCAUUAUACUGGUCUGAAAAGCCUUUGUACCGCUGCACGGAGGAUCUGAAAUCAUACACCAUCGAAAAUGUGGGCUGCAUCUGCUUUGAUAACCCUCGUUGGGUGCGCCAGCAUUGUCAGUGCUGUUCCUCAAGCCGCAGGUCUAUCCGCCGCAACAACCGGCACCUGGUCAAAGGUGUACAAUCUUCCCCUCAGCCCGCUCUCCGCCGCCGCCUCACCUACGGGCGAGAUCCUUCUGUUCUCCGGCAACAGUCCCGGAGGCUGGCUCUACACCAACGACGGCGGAAACAGAACAUAUUACACAGUCAUCACCAUGGCCCAGCUGUUAAAUGAACAGCCAAUCACGCUGCAGACAGCCGAGACAACCGAGAUGUUCUGUCCGGGAACCACCAACCUCCCUGACGGAUCCAUCAUGGUCAACGGCGGAAGCGGGCCCAUCUCGACCGUCAUGUACAACCCUGCAACAAAAAAAUUCAACGCGGCUGGUCAGAUGAACGUGCCGAGGGGUUACCAAGCGAACAUCCUGACGACAUCGAAUAAAGUGUUUACGAUCGGCGGGUCUUUUGUGCGGAAGUACGGUAAAUACGGUACCGGUGGACGGGAUGGCGAGCUGUUCACUCCCGGUGUGAACGGUGGGCUUGGGUCGUGGGCUAUUUCAAACCCCAAGGCUGGUAAUAUCAUCGGCGGAGUUGAGAAUGGGCAGCCUAGUCCUGACCCGGAAGGGUUGUACCGCAGCGACAACCACGCGAUGUUAGUUGCGUACCAAAACUCGGCGGGAGAAGCGAUGGUCCUCCACCUCGGCCCCGUCCCAACGAUGCACGCCAUCAACACCGUCACGGGAACAAUCACGUCGCUCGGGGCCCGCGGCACGGAUGUGUACUCCAUGAACGGCAAUAUUGUGCAUUGGAGCCCGGGACGGGUGUACAAGACCGGUGGUGCAACUGCGUACGGAAACUCGAACAGCAGUGUGGGUCUGACUGCCGCCAAGGCUGCGUUCACCAUCAAGUUUGCCGACCUUCCGACUGGUGGGGCCAUCACCGUGAAGAGGACGACCGAUAUGAACUACCCGAGGACGUUCUCGCACUCGAUUGUUCUGCCCGGAGGCAAGAUCUUCAUUGUCGGCGGACAGACUAAUAUUCACAUCUUCGAGGAUACGACGGGCGUUUUGAUUCCAGAGCUUUACGACCCGGCAUCGGGGACGUACACCUUGCUUCCCGCCAUGGCGAAAGCCCGCAACUACCACUCCUUUGCGCUGCUGACAAAGGACGGGACCGUGCUCGUCGGCGGUGGCGGCACACGUCAGAACAAGUGCACCACCCCGGGAGUUUCCCCGUGCACGAAAGAUGUGCAUUUCGAUGUAGAAGUGUAUACACCGCCAUACAUUUCGCAAGGCCAAACCCGGCCAAUUAUCACGAAAGUCAGCACAGGAACCUCAGCUCCCUACAACUCCGUUCUCCUCAAAAUCGGCCAACCCAUCACCGUGCAAGCGACUAACUGCGGCAGCAGAUGCUCGUACGAGCUCCUUCGUCUCGGGAGUGCUACGCACAGCGUUACGAACGACCAGCUGCGUGUGCCAUUGACGACCAGCGCGAGGAACGCUGCUGGCGAUACGGCGGCGAUGUAUACUGCGGAUUUGCCCUUUGUCACGAGCGGGUACUAUUAUUUGUUCGCUAUUAGCUCCGCAGGCGUUCCUAGCGUUGCUUCUAUUGUGCAGGUUGCGCGUUGAGCGGGUGAUCUAGAUCGUACUCUUCUCUUGAUUGUUGGCUGGCGUUUUUCCUCCUCUUCGUUCUGCCGCAUACCACCCUCUCCUCGGACGGUUUUGG